UGCGCUACAAGUACCUUGUUCUUCUUCUUCAACCUACUACCAGCAUUCAGUGAUGGCGCCAAGACGUACUCGUGUAGGCAAGCUCCAGGGGAUUCUAUCCAUGCCUGUUGAGAUGUGGCUCGAGAUUUUGAGCUUCCUCAGCCCACAGGACGUCCUGCAGCUGGCGCGAUCCUCGAAGGACCUUCGCUCGAUAUUCAUGAGUCGGUCAUCGACGGCUAUCUGGAAGGCUGCUCGUAGGACGGUGGAAUGUCCAUCCCCGAUAUCAGGUUUCUCUGAGCCAGCAUGGGCGAACCUAUUGUUCAUGAAUAUGUGCCAUUUUUGUUGUAAGAGCGUCGUACGCCACAUCAAUUUUCUAUUCCGAACGCGGAUAUGUUCUAAAUGCGUGAGCAAGCAUAUUAUGUCUCAUCCAGAGGUAGCCGGCAAUGAGGACCAGCUGUCCUUGAUCAUGACACUCGUCCCUACUAAAGUGUUGUCAAUUCGACGGGAAGGAUGCCUACCGUUUCGAUGUCUGCGAGAAGAAUUUGAGGCCGUCAAAGCUCAGUAUCUUUACCUUCCUGAAGAAAUGAAGGAGGCAUACUGUUACGAAAGGCACAAAUAUGUCGAGGAAGUGACCGCUUUUGUAUCCAUUGGUGAGGCAUGGUGUCAAAAGAGGGAACAAGAGCGCCAAGAAGAGCUCGAGCAGCUGAAAAUGGAUAGAGCAUCUGCCAUAGCGGAGAGACUGAAAGCGCUCGGAUACGGAAAGGUUUUCGAUCAUAUCGGUUUUACGUCCCGCUUCCAUCGACAUCCUCUCGUUAAGCAGCCGAGAGCCCUUACACAACAAGGCUGGUCCAAGAUAUCUGAGGUUCUCAUUCAGCUCGCAAAAGAUGCGAGCAAGGAACAAAUACACCAAGAGCGCGUAUCUCAAGUUCGUGGCCGUAUCCUUGUGUCUCGAGAAUGUGCACGUCGCGGCAAACACCGUUCUACACUGACUGCUCUCGAACACACUUCGGUCGUUAGAUCCCGCUUGGUCAUCGCCAGUUCCGUUUUUUCGUCCUUCUUCCCGUCCGGAUCACCUUAUGCCACUACCAUUCCAUCCCCAAUGGAUUUCUGUACCUUCCGUCUAGUCAAAAAUAUCCUCGACCUUCCCGACGAUGUCACCGUUGAUAACCAGAGCUUUCGUCCGCUUCUAGGGUUGUUCCACCAACAAUGGACGGAGCAUGCGCACACCGAGCUCAUCAGGAUAUUAGUGGAUUCAGAGAUGGAGUCCAUUGAGCAAAAGACUGCCUUCCUCCAGCUAGCUCGUAACGUGUUUGUCUGCCGGGUAUGUGUGGCUCGCGAGUUGUUCUACCCUGAAGUGCUGGCGCAUGAGUGCUGUACGCGGGCGCCAAAUCCUCCGCAAACGGUCUUUUCUACCCUGGAGCAGAGAUGUGCAUGGAAUUCGAACUGCCUGGCUCGACACGAAACCCUAACAUCUUUUAUGUCGACCUUGACUUGGGCGGUCGGUCUUGACCCAGAAACGGCGACAGUACGAGAUAUCGAUACUUUGGAGUACUAUUACCGCUGUCUCAUCUGUCACAGGGCGAAUCUUAGUUCUGGAGGGUUCAAGAAUAUAUAUGGAUGGCGCUCAUUUGUGGUUAUCUUCUAUUUCUCUCGCUCACGGCAUUGCUGAUAUUCACGUUAUCAGAUUCAGCACAUGGAUAGUCACGCACAGGUAGGGAACAUCCCAUCGUACCCUGAAAAUUUCGAGGUCCUGUUGGCUGAGAGUGUGGAAUCGGAUCCCUCCAAUGGUGUGCAGCUCGACCCGUUACGUUGGCGAUGCGUCCAUUGUCGGGACGUUCUUGAACCAACAACACUUGAUACAAUUCGACAUCAUCUGCUGG